AUGAGGUCUCUCGUUUUUGGGGCUCUGCUCUUGCGGACCCUUAAUGCCCAAAACCUGUCCGAUUCUGCAGUGUCUGGCGCAGAAUCCGUCUCUGCGAGUCUAGCGCCGCUACUUACUCCUGCCGAUAUUCCUACUGAAUCGCAACUUUCAGAGGCUGCUGCUGCCGCGGCUGCACCUAUCACAUCUUCAUCGGAUGUAACGCUGCCUCUUAGCACUCCUGAAGUGAUUCUGCCUGAAAUUCCAGUAGUAGACCUGGCAGUGCCAACUGAUGUGAUCGAUCCGAUUCCAAUAGGCACGGAAACUGCCUCUGGUCUCGAUGCGCUUCUUGUCAGCAGCAUCUCGCUCAAUUCGACCAGUUAUGCCAGUCUGGCUUUGGCUGCUGCGCUCGUGACUCCCCCAGCAUCUGGUGCUUUGGCGGCUGCAGCGGCUUCACCAUCAGCCUCAACUACUGUUGGGGCUAACAGAGCUGUUGCUGCAGCAGCCGGUCGCCCAAGACCCAACAACGCUGGUAGUAUCAGGCCUGGAGGAGGCUGGGCAGGUGGCGAUGACGGCGUCUAUGACGGACAGGACUACGGUGAUGAUUGGGACGACGGUCAGGGUGAGUAUGAAGACUCCUACGGCGAGGUCGAGUGUCCUUCCGACUGCGUUUGUGAAGUUGAAAAGCCCGAGUACGACGGUCCCGAAGGCCCUCCCCCACCAGGCUACAGUCCCCCUCCGCUUCCUACGCCCGAUUACGAGGAGGAUGGCGGCUACGGUGAGGGCGAGGAUGGUGGUUAUGAAGACGGUGAAGAUGCUCCUUAUGGCCGCCGCAAGCUCCGCACUCGUCAAGCAGCCUCUGGUGGUUUCGCUCGCUUCAACUGGCCCGGUGCUGCCGACGACAGUGGUGACGGUGCAGCGGAUGGCGACGAUCUCCCCGCAUGGCUCUACGAGUCUUCCGGUGUCCCCGUGCCCCAUGCCAGGUGCCCCAAGGCAUGCUGCAACAUUGGUGAAUACGAAAGCAAGCCCACUGGAAAAUAUCCCAUCGACCCAGCUCCCACACAUCCCUCGGGCUACAAGCCCGCUCCCACUGGCUACGUAGCACCCUACAAGCCCUCGCAAAGCGCCGACCCAUACAAGUCUGGUAACACCACCUCCAAGGACGCCUACGCCACUCCCAGCUGGACCACGCUCUACUCAUCUGGCGCCUCCGGCAAGCCCGCAGACUACACGGGGGACACUCUCGCCGGCAUCUGCCCCAAGACAUGCAACCCAGAUUCCGACAAGGACUACUGCGACAUCACCACCAGCUGCACGACCACGGGCGGGAGCAAGAAUUACUGCGCCUGCCGCGCGGGAUACAUGGCGAGUGCGUGGAACGCAAAGGAUUUCAGCAAGCAGUUCCGUGUUGAAGGCCAUCCAUUUGUCUAUGUCGCACCGGGUGUCGUCUGUGAUAAGGUCUGUGGAGAUUAUUCGUGCAAGGAUGUGCUUACUAGGCCCAAGUGUGCUUAG